AUGACGACUGGCUCGUUGCCCCGACGCUCUUUUCUGGGGCUGGAGGGUCAGCAUGUCUUCAUCACUGGCGCUGCUGGCGCCAUUGGGGGCGAAGCAGUGCGCGAAUUUCUUGAUCACGGAUGCCGUGUCACAGCCUAUGACAGUCACCCACUCCAGCUCUCUGGAAUUGAUGCCGAGCGUUUUUCAAGACUGCACCUCUUGGACGGGGAUGUCGGUGACGAAGAGUCAAUCCAGACCGGGUUUAAGAAAGCACAGGACCGAUUUGGACCUGCGAAUAUCCUAGUUGUCAACUCCAGCUUCGAGGAUAAGACAAACGAGUAUCCCAUCUGGGACCUGCCACUGGACGAAUGGGAAAAGAACUAUAGAGUGAAUGUCCGUGGCUCUUUCCUUGCCAUCAAGCAUUUCCUACGAUGUGUGCGCGAGUGCCAGACAUCCAGCACCGAGCUGGCUAGUCCGGCCAUUGUUGUGACGGAGACGGAGACUGGCGCUGGUCUUGCUGCAGGAAAGGCUGGCUUGCACUAUGGUCUUCUCAACACCGUCCGGGAUGAGAUCAAGCAGCUCAAUCCGGAUGGCCGAAUCAAUGCUGUCACUCGCGGUCUCAUCAGUGAGACAGGAGAGAAUGCUACCGCUCCGGCAGAUGUAGCUCGCACUAUGGCUUUCCUGGCCUCGAAGCGUGCAGCUGGACACAUCUCUGGACAAUGCAUCCGUGUCGAAGGCAACGAUGAAUCCAUUGCAACCAAGGUGCAAGAAUCCAAGCCACUGGCUCUCCAGACCCCCGUGCAGUCCAUCCCCCCGAGCCUAUCCAAACCGAAGCGCAACAAGAUCCGCGUUGCAGUUUCAAUUGACCUUGAUGCUGUCUCAGGAUGGCUGGGAACAAACACGCACCCUGACAAUAACCUCGCAGACUACUCGGCUGGAUUCUUCGCAGCCCGAGUGGGCGUCCCUCGCCUCCUGCGCAUGUUGAAGAAGCUUGAUCUCGCCAACAAAUGCACCUGGUUCAUCCCAGGUCACUCAGCCGAGAGCUUCCCCGAGGAAGUCAAGCAAGUUGUUGCAUCUGGCUGCGAAGUGGGACUGCACGGAUAUGCCCACGAAGGCGCCUACCAACUCACACCAGAGCAGGAGCGCGACGUGCUGGUGAAAUGCAUGGAGAUCGCGCAGAACCUGACCGGUAAGAAGCCGGUCGGGUACCGGGCGCCUUUAUACCAGCUCCGAGAAUCAACCCUUGAUCUGCUGGAAGAGUUUGGCUUCGAAUAUGACGCCUCUCUAACCGACCACGACUGUCAUCCCUUCUUCGCCCCGAAGCGCCCACCUCUGACACCCAUCGACUUCUCCAAACCCGCCGCCUCCUGGAUGCAUCCUGUGAAAGAAACAUCCUCCCCACCCGACCGCCGCCCCUUAGUUUGCGUCCCAUGCAACUAUUACAUGGAAGAUAUGACACCAAUGCAGUUCCUUCCUCACUGUGAGAACUCACAAGGGUACGUCGACACUCGGAUGAUCGAGAAUAUGUGGCGGGAUCGGUUCUUGUGGAUCCGAGAUAACGAGGAGGAGCCUAUUUUCCCCGUGUUGAUGCAUCCGGAUACGAGUGGCAUGGCGCAUGUUAUCGGGAUGUUGGAGCGCAUGUUAAGGUGGUUGAAGGAUUGGGAACGGGAAGGGGAGGUGGAGUUUUUGCAGACUGGCGAGAUUGCGAGGUGGUGGAAGGGGAAGAUGUUGAAGGAAGGGAAGGUGCCCCGGAGUUGA